CUCAGAUUCAUUCGGUUGAAACAUCUUCCAUAAAACAUCCAUACAAGAAUACCUGUGGAAAUAAUACGAAACAGUACCAUUGAGAACUUGAUAUAUCCAAAAUGAGCAAAGACUCCUCCCCAACCAACAUCCACAUGCACCACCCCCGUCUAGCAGACUAUUUCGAAGACUUCACACGCCCCUAUACAAGCCAACCCAUUUCCACCACAAACCCACAUCACUACCACCACCACGGCACAACGAUAGGACCCAACGGCCUCCCCAUCACCGUCAACACGAACAUGAACCUCACGUACGGCGCCACGGGCUCCGGCACGUCCAUCCCUUCAUUCUUGCCCGUGGAGGAGAUAUAUGUUCCGCCGCAGUAUCAGCCACCGAAUCCAGAGGAUGAGGAUGAUGUUGUUCCUGAUCAGCAUGCGGCGUUUGGGAUUGCUAGGGCAAUGGAACGGAGGAGGGAGGCUGUUUGGAGGGAUUUGGGGCUUGAGGGGCUUGUGACGGGGAGGAGUUUUGGGCAGAUUCAGGGUCAGGGUCAGGGUCAGGGUCAGAGUUUGGAUAUUAGGAGGGAUGUUGCGUUGAGGGUUAAGGAUGCUGGGAGGUUGAUGGGGGGGAAGAGGACUAUCUGUUUACGGUGAUCCUAUAUCCAUCUCCCCCUGUGCCUUGCGGGUAGUGUUUGGGGAUGCAGGAAGAAAGCCGUUGAG